GCUGUCAUGAUUUGCAGCAUGGGGAGGAGGCAGUGGGAUAAACAGAGACCUCUCUCUCCAAACUAGGACUGAAUUUCUUCAGGGCUGGCAGCCUCUCUUCUUCCUCCUGCAGCUGCUACCCAGGCUCCUCUUCACCUGCAAGAAUUCUCCCUUCAGCUUCGGAUCAGCCCCCAUUUGCUAUGGAAUCCUUUUUCAAAAGGCACUUCAGGAAGAAGACUGCGCCGCUAGGGCCCCGGCGCACCAGUGUGGUGGCUCUGCCGGCCAGCAAAGCAAGGCGGCGCUCUGUGGUGGGCCAGCCCUCUGCCACCCUAACGCAACACCGCCGCAAAUCCUGUGCUCACCUGCAAGGGCUCUCUUGCUUGGGCUCCCGGCACAAACGCAGGGCGAGUUCCAGCAGGAGGCGAUCCAGCACCACGACCCCUCGCCUGAGUCCUCGGUUUUCUGUCCAGAAGAAGCGCGGGGGGCGAGUGCGCACCAUAGAUACUCAUCUCAUAGGGCCCUCCUUGCUGCUGGCCAGCCUCAUCCAGGUGUAUGAGGCGGAAGGAAAGAGGCGGUCGCCUUGCACUGAGAGCUCCAGCUCAGAGUCCCCCAAGGAGGGGCUUGAGGAGAGUGACUGGAGUGAGGAAGCUGCCUCUUCAGGCUCUGAAGGAUCUGGCCUGAGAGCAGAGCAGGAGAGGAAGGAGCUGCAAGCCGAGCUUUCGCGGUGUCCCGGUCCUGCCACACAGCACCCUGCCGACCUGAGGCUUCUCCUGCGAGACCCUCAUUACCUGCGCCGCAGGUCCUCCCACCUCCUCCCAGCAGAGUUUGUGCACAGCAGAGCAGCCUACGGGCUUCAAGGCCGCUACAGAUGCUUGAGCCAGAGGCGGCGCUCAAGUGAAACCCCCAAGCCGGGUGCUUUGCUCCAGUCAUGCAGGACGCGGAGGGCUGCCAGGAGGUGGAAGGUUCCUCUUGGGACCAGUUGGCUGGCAUUGACUACCCAUAAGUGCCUGGGAAUGGAUCUUGCCCACAAUGGCUGCGGCAGCGACUCCCCUGAAGGUUGCAGAGCCCUACUGCCAAAAGCUAUUGCCAAGUCUGGUCUCCAGCACCUGGUUGCCCAGCCAACCCCCCCACUAGCCCUGAGAUGCGAUUCAGACAGGGAGAUCCGCAGUACUGUCGACUGGAGCGAGGCUGCAGUUUACGGGGAGCACAUUUGGUUUGAAACCAAUGUCUCUGGGGACUUCUGCUAUGUGGGGGAACAAAACUGUGUUGCAAAAAUGCUGCAAAAACCUCUCUCCAAGCGCAAGUGUGCUGCCUGCAAGAUUGUAGUCCACACACCCUGCAUAGAACAGCUAGAGAAAAUAAAUUUCCGAUGCAAGCCUUCCUUCAGGGAAUCUGGAUCAAGAAAUGUCCGAGAGCCUACAGUCGUGCGGCAUCAUUGGGUACACCGGAGACGUCAGGAAGGGAAAUGUCGACAGUGUGGAAAGGGUUUCCAGCAAAAAUUCGCCUUUCACAGCAAGGAGAUUGUAGCCAUCAGCUGUUCCUGGUGUAAGCAAGCAUAUCACAGUAAAGUUUCAUGCUUCAUGCUGCAGCACAUUGAGGAGCCCUGCUCACUAGGGGCACAUGCCGCUGUUGUCAUCCCCCCCACUUGGAUCCUACGGGUCCGGCAUCCCCAAAACCCGCUAAAGUCAAGUAAGAAGAAAAAGAGGACAUCGUUCAGGAGGAAAUCCAGCAAGAAGGGUCCUGAGGAAGGGCGAUGGAAACCCUUUGUCAUCAAGCCUGUCCCAGCACCUCUCAUGAAGCCACUGCUUGUGUUUGUGAACCCCAAAAGUGGUGGGAAUCAGGGAACAAAAAUAAUCCAGUCAUUUAUGUGGUACCUCAACCCUCGACAAGUUUUUGAUCUCAGCCAGGGAGGCCCCAAAGAAGCGUUGGAGAUGUAUCGCAAAGUGCACAACCUACGAAUUCUGGCAUGUGGGGGAGAUGGUACGGUGGGGUGGAUCCUCUCCAUCUUGGACCAGUUGCGCCUGAACCCUCCACCGCCUGUGGCCAUUCUUCCCCUGGGGACCGGAAACGACCUGGCAAGGACGUUGAACUGGGGUGGGGGUUACACGGAUGAGCCCUUGUCAAAGAUCCUGUCGCACGUAGAAGAGGGGGAGAUUGUGCAGCUGGACCGCUGGAGUCUGCAGGUGGAGCCAAAUCCUGAGGCAAACACUGAAGAGAAGGAUGAGACGGCGGCAGACAAGCUCCCUCUUGAUGUCUUCAACAAUUAUUUCAGCCUUGGUUUUGACGCCCGGGUGACACUGGAAUUCCACGAGUCCCGAGAGGCCAAUCCAGAGAAAUUUAACAGCCGAUUUCGGAAUAAAAUGUUCUAUGCUGGGACGGCGUUUUCCGAUUUCCUCAUGGGGAGCUCCAGAGACUUAGCGAAACACAUCAAAGUGGUGUGUGAUGGGACAGACCUGACCCCCAAAAUCCAAGACCUGAAGCCACAAUGCCUCGUCUUCCUAAACAUUCCAAGGUACUGCGCAGGCACCAUGCCUUGGGGCAACCCCGGGGAGCACCAUGACUUUGAACCCCAGCGCCAUGAUGACGGCUGCCUUGAGGUCAUCGGCUUCACCAUGACAUCCCUGGCAGCACUGCAGGUGGGCGGCCACGGAGAGCGGUUGCACCAGUGCCGGGAGGUGCUGUUGACCACGUCCAAGGCCAUCCCCAUGCAAGUGGACGGAGAGCCCUGCAAGCUGGGGGCUUCCUGCAUUCGCAUAUCCCUGCGCAACCAGGCCAACAUGGUGCAGAAGACCAAGAGGCGCAACUCCAUGCCUCUGCUUAAUGAUCAGCAGCCCGUUCCAGAACGGCUAAGAAUCCGCGUAAGCCGAAUUGGCAUGCACGACUACGAAGCACUUCACUACGACAAGGAGAAGCUCAAGGAGGCCUCUGUGCCCUUGGGAAUUAUCGUUGUGCCAGGAGACAGUGACUUGGAGAUAUGCCGGACCCACAUUGAGAGGCUUCAGGAGGAUUUUCCUUCAGGCCCUUCCACUAUUCAGAGCCUGUUUCCAGAGGAAGGGGACGGAGCCAAACCAAAGACAUUGUCAUGCCAGAAACUGUCCCCCAAGUGGUGCUUCCUGGACUCAACUACAGCCGAUCGGUUUUACAGAAUAGACCGUGCCCAGGAACAUCUCAACUAUGUGACGGAGAUCUCUCAGGAUGAGCUUUUUGUGUUGGACCCAGAACUGGUGCGCACCCAGACAGUGGGCACAUCUCCUGCCAUGCCUGACCUUGUUGAUGUGCCCUCAACACCGAUAAGGCAAAACGUUGCUCUCCCAGGUUCACCAACAUCCACACCAGUCUCCAGCUCAGAAAUGGGGAGCUGCAAUUCCCUCAAAGAUGAUGCUUUGAUAGAUGCUGCCAAGAAUAACGAUUUCCACAAGUUCAAAGAACUGCACAAGGCUGGCAGGGAUUUGAUGAUGCGCGAUCAGACAGGCCAAACUGUUCUACAUCAUGCCGUCAAAUCAGGGAGCAAGGAGAUUGUCAAAUACAUAAUUGAAAAUGCUCCUGUAGAGAUCCUGGAUGUUGCAGAAGAAGAAAACGGUGAGACCGUUUUGCACCAGGCUGCAGCCCUCCGCCAGCGUACCAUCUGCCAUUACAUUGUGGAGGCUGGAGCUUCACUGAUGAAAACUGAUCUGCAGGGAGACACUCCCAAGCACAGAGCUGAGAAGGCAAAUGACCCUGACCUGGCUGCCUACCUCGAAAACCGUCAGCACUACCAGAUGAUCCAGCGGGAGGACCAGGAGACAGCCGUGUAGUGCUCAGAGCAUGCCUUAUCCCUGCCUUGGGGAACAGGAGUAGAGUGGCACAGGAGCCUGGCCAGCCUUUCCUUGAAUAUCCAGCAUGGAGAGGAUUGGGGGCUUGGUUUGGGCUUGGCCAUGGCACUGUUAUUUGUGUAGUGGGUGUUGAGCAGCGCUGACUCCACGUUCCCCACCACCACAUUCCAUGGAUGGGCUCUGCUGCCUAAUGUUCCCUUCCUGUCUGCUGC